AUGGGUCUUUUCAAGCCUCCCGGGAUGGCUAAUCACCCCCGAGAGGUCUUCAACAUUCGCCUCUUUUGGUCUGUGGGCGUCUUUGGUAUUCUUGGAGCGGCCAGAGGAAUUGACGAAGGCCUAGUUGGUGGCAUGGUCAGCCUCAAGAGCUUCAAGGAUGAGUUUCCCUUGGAGGUAGGCUCAGAGGCAGAGAUAGCCAAUCGUGAGUCCAACAUUACCAGCAUGGUUCAACUGGGUUCUAUCGGCGGCGCACUGUUGGCCUUUCUUUUGUGUGACCGGAUCGGCCGUGUGAGGUCACUUCAAGCUCUCACUAUUCUUUGGGCAAUUGGCUUCGUGAUUGUCAUCACUAGCUUUGGUAACAUUGGACAAAUCCUUGCUGGUCGGUUCAUAGCCGGCCUUGGUGUUGGUAUGACCACGGUUGUCGGCCCGACCUACUUGGCCGAGGUUGCUCCGAAAGCAAUUCGUGGCAUGUUGACAAAUAUAUUUGCCGGCUCCGUUUACUUUGGAGUCAUGCUUGCUUAUUUUGCGAACUGGGGUUGCUCGGAGAAUAUCUCAGAUACGACUCGCAACCAGUGGGUUAUUCCACAGUCAAUCCAUAUCAUGUUUGCUGGGGUCAUUUUCCUCGCAUCAUGGACUAUCCCAGAAAGCCCUCGGUUCCUCAUUAUGAAGGGGGAGCAUGAGAAAGCUCUUAAAAAUCUUUGCAAGCUACGAAAACUACCCGAAGACCACCCAACUAUCACAUCCGAGAUAAUCGACGUUCGUGACCAGCUAGAGCGUGAACAAGAAAGCACCCAUGGGUCUUCAUUCUUGGGCAAGGCUAAAGAGCUUGUGAUGAUUCCUGCAAAUCGCUACCGUUUCAUGCUGGGCGUUAUGUCCCAACUUCUCGGCCAAUGGUCUGGCGCAUCCGCGAUUACUAUCUAUGCAAACAGUUUCUUUGCUGCUCUAGGAAAGACUGGCCAAAGCGAGAAGCUCUUCGCCACGUGCAUUCUGGGUGUUGUCAAAUUUUGCUCUGCCUAUCUUUGUGCAUUCUUCCUGAUUGACUUUAUCGGUCGUCGUCGGUCGCUUUACAUCGGAAUUCUUUUGCAAACUAUCUCAAUCUGCUAUGUUGCAAUCUACCUGGCCCAGGUCCCUGCCUCGGCUCAUGUCGGGGAUAGUGGUGCAUCCGCCAUCACAGGGUCAGCCAAACGUGCUGGCAUUGGUGCCAUUGCCGCCCUAUAUAUUUCUGGGUUUGGCUGGGCAAUGGGCUGGAACUCUUUCCAGUAUCUGGUCAAUGCCGAGAUCUAUCCCCUUCGACUGCGCGCAUUGGGUUCUUCUCUUGUGAUGUGUAUCCAUUUCGUCAACCAGUUUGGUAAUACCAAGGCUGUUCCCAGUAUGCUUAUCGCCAUGACCAACUACGGGUUCUUUGUGUUUUGCACUGCGAUCUGCGUUCUUGGCUUGCUUUGGGUUUGGUUCUUCGUUCCUGAGACUGCUGGGCGGAGCCUUGAGUCCAUGGAUGCAUUAUUCUCUCUCCCCUGGUAUCAGAUUGGCCGUCAUGGGAAAUAUCUUUCUCCCGAUGGCGUCGUGAGCUUUGAUGAAGAUGAUCUGGAGAAGCCCCAUGCUAUUCAACACGAAGUGCAGCGUGGUGGUACACACUAG